AUGUAUAGCUCUCGCUUGAACGCGUCUAUGGAUGACGGCAGUGACAGUGACAGUGACAUCCGCGCACUCACACAACACAAUAAAAGAGGCCGAGCACCGUGCCAGGGAGAGUCUGUGUGGCUGUGGAUAGUCAACAGGCUGACUCAAGUGGCCAGUACUAUAGAACACAACACCGCGUCCUUCCAUCAAAAUUCACAUUCGCACAAUGCGCGUGGUGGCCACGGCUACUCCACAACGAACACAUGCGUGUAUCAAGAAGCAGCAGCUAUCAUGGGUGUCAUCAACACACACUUCAUGCUCUGUCCGGAUUUGCUGCCUGUCCUACAUGAUAUGCUGGUGUCGGAGAUCCGGCGAGAGGAGGGGGGAAG